AUGUUCAGUUCAGCGCAUGUGAGUAUACGAGAUGCCAAAUUCGUAUCGUUACCAUGGCUAGUGAAUGUGUCUACCGUCAAUGAUUUCGACCAUCAAUUAUUAAACUAUGUCAACUCGAGCAGCUUCUGGAACAUGGAACUAGGCUGUAAAUCGUCUUCGAGCAUCCAUAAUCGGGCUCGUUAUGCAGUCAGCCUCACUUGUGCAACCAUCAUUUUUAGCCCGAAAUCAACCAGUCUGUGUAAUCCAGAAAAUAACACGGUCAUUCCGCUCUGUCAGUCCACCUGCGAAUCCUACUCGAAAUCCAUUCAAUCCAUCGUCUCCUCCGCUAAAUCAGAUGCCAUUUGUAAUUUAAGCGGCGGAAAUUUAAUCACGGCUGGUGUCAAUAGUUUAUCACAGCAGUGUAGCACCAAUGACGCCUUGAAGGGCAUUCCCUCCACUGGCUGUAUAUCCGGUGCAGAUAAUGAGUUGGACAUGUGCGGCUUCGGACAGGACUUGGAUACGCUCUGUCAUUAUUGUAACGACUAUGAUUCUACCUUGUCCUGCUGCAAGGAAUAUAACUGUCUCAAGAACAAGGAGAUGCUUAUGACGGGCGGUGCUAUUGCUGGAAUUGUGGUGGGAGUGACGUCUGGUCUCUGUAUCUGCGGCUUUAUUGGGUUUUGCAUGAUUCGCAAAAGUCAAAAGAAACAGUCGACUCAUCCCGGAGGCUCCAUGUACAAUAUCAAGAAGGAAUUAGAACGCAUGCCACCUUCAAAUUCAACCUUGAUGAUGAGUACGCCUGAGCAACAUAUGAUGAAACAUGUCUAUCCGAUUGAAGACGAAGAUUAUAUGGAACUGGUGCCUGAUAUUAACAUUGGCUGUGAUUUAGAAGCUGUCAAGGGUCAUGUCUUUAAAGUGAAUUCAUUAGAUAAACAAUUUGUACGAGUCAUUUAUCAAUUGAAUGCGCCAGAGAAUCCGGAUGAAUUAGAGUUGAUUAAAGGUGAUAUUAUUCGCAUGUACUAUUAUUUUGAUGACGGCUGGGCGUUUGGCGAUAACUUUGGUUCAGGAUUAAGAGGAUUAUUUCCUAUUCUUUGUGUGGUGAAUUUGACUGCGGAAGAAGUGCAAGAGUUGAUUUACCUGUCUGAAUUACCAGAGGGGGAUGAAGAAGAGAGUGGAGAGUAUUACAGCUCGAUUCGACAUUUCUCUACGGGAGUGGAAUAUGGGCUUGAUCCCAAAGGCACAAUUCGAUUACAGAACUUGCGACGUACGGUCACGUAUCGAGAGAAGCAGCAGCAGGCAACGAAAGGGGAAAAUAAUUUCCAAUACCUGUGUGCAGCGUCUUCGUCUAUUUCACCACUUUCGCACAACCUAAUGAUGAAUGCAGGAGACCCCAGUGUUCCUCCACAAAGAACAGCUUCUAUGCAUGCUACUUUUGGUCCUCGUAGGUUGGGUUAUUCAAAUGGCUUGCAGGAUCCCCUUCGACUCAUGCAAGAGGAACACUAUUCCGAAUCUUCUGGGAGUACUGCAAUAGCCAACAAUACUCCUGAUAGUAAAUCCUAUUUGAAUGGCUUCUAA